UACUAGUAAUUGUCAAAGACUCAAAUCAAAUUAAACAACAUUUGCAAUGGCCGCCUCCGUGAGAAAUAAGCUACUUACGUGUGUGUUUUCUUUUGGCCGAAUAUUAAAUCAGCAAGCAAUACGUAGUCAAUUAUCACCUUCAAAAUGUUUUCAACCGAUAAACGUUGUCGCUUCCAUCCACACGACUUCAUUCAAGCAAUCCAACUUAAUGGCAUUCUUCGAUGAUCCAAAGAAUUUUGGAGCACAGGAAGUAAAAAGUGGACGUUCGUGGACUUUAGAUGAGCUUCGAAUCAAAAGUAAUGUUGAUCUCCAAAAAUUAUGGUUUGUGCUACUGAAGGAACGGAAUAUGCUGUUUACUAUGGAACACAAUUGCCGAGAAGAUUGCAGGCUGUUCCCUUCACCAGAAAGAAUUGACAAAGUUCAAGACAGUAUGAGAAGGAUAGAAGAAAUUGUACAUGAAAGAAAUGAUGCUUUUUGGCAACUGGAAAUUGGAGAAAAAGCACCAAAUCCUAGAGCAGUGAAAACUUUAGAUCCUGAUGAUCCGUUAGCUACUGUUCGUGAAGCAAUGGAAGCAGUGACACAAGUAAAGGAUGGUGCAACUCUCAAGUUUAAAUAUUUAAUGAAGGAGAAAGAAAUGAGAAUGCAGAAUAGGAAAGUGAAACUUCAUGAGAGAGAAGCAGCGAUGCUUCUUAAACGUUUUCCUAAUUUGGAUAAGGAAGCGCUACAAGCCAAGUAUCCUGAUGUCAACAUCGACAAACUAAAGUUCAAUAAGAAAACUCGUGGGAGUCACGAAUUUAAUACUGUUUGAAUUUUAGGUCCACGUUGUGUAGAUGAGUUAAUAAAAUAAAAAAAGCUCCCAAAUAA